AUGGUCUGCGCAAAAUGCCAAAAGAAACUCAAGUCCACGGAACUGGUCACCCCAGGCGUCAAACGCAAGAGUGAAAUGUACUAUGGCUCGCCGGCGACGACCCUAGGCGGUGGUGGCGGAGCUGGAGCUGCUGGCCCUGCAACGAAAUCAAAACCGACGUUGGGGAAUACCGGCAUUGGAAAGAGUAAACUGCUUAGCUCCAAGGCCAAGAAUCCAUAUGCGGCGUACUCGUCGUCUUGUGAGUUGUGCAAGACCAAGACGGAGCAGGGGCGGAAGUAUUGUCAGCGCUGUGCGUAUCAGAAGAAUGCUUGUCCGAUGUGUGGGAAGAGUUUGGCUGGGAAGACUGCAAAGGACCAGCCUGUGGUCCAGGGGCAGAAGUUCAACUUGAAGUGA